AUGUAUCGUUUAUUAUAUGUUGACAGUUUAAUAUUUAAAGAACGGAAUGCAUUCUUAUAUUAUGCUGGUUACGUUUUAAUAGAUCGAUCUUUCAAUAAUUUGGUGUUAGUUUCGGGACACCCAAAUUAUCAACCUAUACAACAAUUUCAAGAUCCUGGUGAAAAUGUGAAAAUUUUUCAAUAUAGUACAAACAAUAAAUAUCUUGGUUGGGCUACCUCAGAGAGUGUAAAGAUUAUUGAUGCAGAAACUACCGAGAUCGUUAUUGAACUUCCAAAGAAAAAUGUAGUUGAAAUUGGAUUUUCUCCAAAAGGAAAUUAUAUUUCAACUUGGGAAAGGCCAGUUAAACCUCAAGAUAAUUCUGUUCAUAAAAAUUUAAUUAUAUGGGAAGUUGUCACAGGGAAAGAAUUAAUUUCCUUUACACAAAAAACCCAGACUAAUUGGAAUGUUCAAUGGACUGAAGAUGAAUCAUUCUUUAGUCGAUUGGUAACAGGGGAAGUACAUUUUUAUGAUACAAACCGCAUCGAUAAAGGAAUCCAUAAUAAGUUAAGAUUAGAGGGAGUUGGUGAUUUUUCCUUGUCUCCCGGAAAAAGUCCUUCUAUAUCUAUAUUUAUUCCUGAAAAGAAUUCAGCACCAGCAAUUGUUCGUAUUUAUUCCAUUACCAAUUUUAAUUCACCUUUGUCUCAGAAAACUUUUUAUAAAGCAGAUAAAAUUCAGAUGAAGUGGAAUGAUUUAGGUACCAACUUAUUAGUUCUUACCUCGACAGAUGUUGAUAAAACGAACAAAUCAUAUUAUGGGGAUAAAGAAGGUCCAAUCCAUGAUGUAGCUUGGAGCCCAACCUCCAAAGAAUUUAUAGUCAUAUAUGGAUACAUGCCCGCAAAAGCAACAUUAUUUAACCAUCGUGCGGAUCCCAUACACAAUCUUGCUGGAUUUGGAAAUUUAGCUGGCACUAUGGAUGUAUGGGAUCGUAAAACGUUAGGAAAAAUAACUACGAUCGAAGCACCUAAUUCAUCGGAAACUUGUUGGUCACCUGAUGGUCGUUAUAUUAUUACUGCGACUCUUAGUCCGAGAUUAAGGGUUGAUAAUGGGUUUAAGAUCUGGCAUUAUACUGGCGCAUUAGUACAUACCACAAAUGUUCAGGAACUUUUACAGGUUCAAUGGAGACCUGCUAAUGUAGAAUUAUAUCCCAUGCGAUCAACUUUAUCGCCUCCGCCCAAAGCUUUGGAAAACUCGGCAAUAUCGAAAGACAAACCAACGCCUAAAAAAAUAGGUGCUUAUAGACCACCUCAUGCACGCGGUACAGCAACUCCUGAAAUUUUUAAGCGAGAAGAUGAAUCAAAUAAAAAUUCACUUCAAGAUCAUGGAAAGAAGUCUAUGCUGUCAUCGACUGAAAACACAUCCAAAGCGGCUGCCAAAAACAAAAAGAAACGGGAAGCAGCUAAGAAAAAAAAGGAAGAAUCUGUUAUUAUUGAAAAUACUGAAUCAUCUGUUAUAAUAAACAAUAAUGUAAAACAAACUGAUACCAUUGUUUCUAAUGAUACGUCGUUGGAGAUAAGUGAAAAUACGACGACGCAGUCCGGAAGUGCAUUAUCCGAAACCGAUAAAAAGAUUCGAAAUUUGACAAAGAAAUUACGUCAAAUUGCCGAACUUAAAGAGAAACAAAAAAGUGGUGACGCUCUCGAACCAAUGCAGUUGCAAAAAAUUGAAAGCGAACCAUUAUUACGCAAAGAGCUUGAGAUGUUAAAACAUUGA